GGGCCACAUCUACGAUUACAUUUCAGAUGUCCGUCAUUCGUAAUAUCCGUUCGAAACUCAUUUUGAGGGAUAAUGGCGAGGAGAGGAGUAACACUCGAGUUCUAGUCUUUCUUUCAAACGUGAAAUCGAUAGUUAAGGAAAUUUAGUAUAAUGUUAAUUAAUAAUGCGUCGGAAAAUAAAAUAUGUUGUUAUUAUUGCCAUUUCUUGGUUAAUAUUAGUGGCUUAUUUCUUCACGUUAUCGUGGAAAGACAAUAAGCUUGAAAAUAAAGCAUUGAAAUUAAAACAAUCUGUAAUAGAAGAACAGUUAAAACUGACUUCUGAAGCAGGAACAGCAGAAGUAGGAGUGUUAUGGCAAUAUUUUGAUGAAGAAUCGUAUAUAGCAAAAACACGAUUAAAACCAGGUGCUGAUCCUUAUGCACGUAACAAAUUUAAUCAGGCAGCUAGUGAUAAAAUUCCCAGCAAUAGAAAAAUACCUGACACAAGACAACCUGAAUGUGCAUCAAAAAUUUAUAGAGAUAAGCUUCCUCCAACAAGUGUUAUAAUAACGUUNAUAUAUAUAUAUAUAUGCCUGCCAUGCUGUGAGUAA